GCUGGAUGCCUGGUUCACUGGCCGUGGUCUGGCAGAGGCUGUUGUUGGGCCAGGUUUAAUGGGCUUUGCUGUCCCACCCUGACAGCCUGCCUUUAGAUGUGGUCCCCACACCCCCCAUAAUCAGAGACCCAAAGCCCAAGGACGCGGCACAGAGAGCUGGGGCUGACCUCAGGCUGCCGCAGCCCUCUCCAUCCCUUCUGCCCUGCAGUUCAGGUGGGGCACAGCUCAUCCUGCUGGUCCACUCUAGGGGACCCCCUCCCAGCAGGCAGUGGGGCUCAGGACUCCUGCUCUGCUACAGUGGGCUCUGUGGGAGCCCUUGGGUGUCAUUCCAAGAGUAACCCCUGCCUUGGGGCUCCCAGCCCAGGGCCCUAAGCUACCUCCACAACUGGCCCCUGAGCAUCUAUGGAAGCUGUCCCAAGGCCUGACUGGACACAGCCAGAGUAUGACCAGGAUCACUGAGGAUUUAGAGUGCCCGCUGUGUGAAUCGAGGGAGAACGCUGUCCCUCUCUGGGCUUCAGUGUUCCAAGAGCUCUUGGUCUUUGGCCCCUAGUUUUUUGAGGGGAUGGGGGCAGCGCAGGACAGGGGCGCGUCGGUUUGCAGACCUCCGUGGGUGUGAAUCAGCUUCCGGCCCGCCCCCGGGGUGGCACGUGACCACAGGUGGCGCGGUAGGGUGGGAGGGGUGGCACUUAGUCACCGGCCCGCCCUCACCCGGCCUCGAGGCUGCGGCAGCCUUAGCGCCCUGCUCCGCCCGUACGCUCCGGUCGCCGGCUCUGCUCAGGCUGCCCGCGCUCGCCACGUAAGCAAGUGGCUGCUGGCCGCCGCCGAUCCAGGGUCCCCUGGGCGCGGGCUCUCGGGUUUCGGGCCCCCCGGGGAUCUUGAGACCACUCCCUUCCCGGAAGCCCUGGGAAAGCCAGGCGCCGCCGAGCGGCGGCCGAGACAGUGCAGUCUCCUGCCUCUCGCUCGGACAAACUCAGAUAAGUUCCUGCCGGCUUUAGUCGCCUAGGACUCAAGGCGACUCGGGCAACCUGCCGUGUGGGUCCCCAGGCCGAUCGAGGUUCCUUAUGGGCAGAGGAGCCGCUGCAGCCGGGAGGCCUCAGAGCGCUCGGUGCCUCGGCCAGAGCCGUAGUUAGGACUCGAUCUUGAGGAGUGGUGCAGCAGGCAGCCCUCUGCACAAGCGGCGCGCGGGCAGGCGACACGAUGGCCUUCUCCCAGGUGCAGUGUCUGGACGACAGCCACGUGAACUGGCGCUCGAGCGAGUCCAAGCCUGAGUUCUUCUAUAGCGAGGAGCAGCGGCUGGCGCUGGAAGCCCUGGUGGCCCGCGGCCGGGAGGCGUUCUAUGAAGUGCUCCAGCGCGAGAACAUCCGCGACUUCCUCUCGGAGCUGGAACUCAGGCGCAUCUUGGAGACUAUCGAGGUGUACGACCCAGGCUCGGAGGAUCCCCGAGGCACCGACCUCGCACAGGGCCCCCAGGACAACGGGGUCGGUAACUGCGGCGAGGAGGGGAGAACCCCUGCCGAGGCCGAGCCGCCCCCCUCGCUGGAGUAUUGGCCCCAGAAGUCGGACCGCUCCAUCCCGCAGCUGGACCUGGGCUGGCCCGACACCAUCGCCUACCGCGGCGUCACUCGGGCCAGCGUCUACAUGCAGCCCCCGAUGGAGGGGCAGGCCCAUAUCAAAGAGGUUGUGCGCAAGAUGAUCAGCCAGGCCCAGAAGGUGAUAGCUGUGGUCAUGGACAUGUUCACCGAUGUGGACAUCUUCAAGGACCUGCUAGACGCUGGCUUCAAGAGGAAGGUGGCUGUGUACAUCAUCGUGGAUGAGAGUAACGUCAAGUACUUUCUACACAUGUGUGAGCGGGCCCGCAUGCAUCUGGGACACCUGAAGAAUCUCAGGGUGCGCAGCAGUGGAGGAACUGAGUUCUUCACCCGGUCGGCCACCAAGUUCAAGGGUGCCCUGGCCCAGAAGUUUAUGUUUGUGGAUGGAGACCGAGCAGUGUGUGGCUCCUACAGCUUUACGUGGUCGGCUGCGAGGACAGACCGGAAUGUGAUCUCCGUGCUGUCUGGCCAGGUGGUGGAGAUGUUCGACCGGCAGUUCCAGGAGCUGUACCUCAUGUCACAGGGUGUCAGCCUCAAGGACAUCCCCAUGGAGAAGGAGCCAGAGCCGGAGCCUGUUUUGGUACCUGCUGUGGUCCCCCUGGUGCCUGCCGGCUCUGUGGCCAAGAAGCUUGUUAACCCCAAAUACGCACUGGUCAAGGCCAAGAGUGUCGACGAGAUUGCCAAGACCUCUUCCUCUGAGAAGCAGGAGGUCAAGAGGCCCCCAGGGAUGCGUGGCCCUGUCCUGGCCGAGCGGCUGGGUGACCUCCCCGAGUUGCCACUGCCUAUCCACCCAGGACUGCUCAACCUGGAGAGGGCCAACAUGUUUGACUACCUGCCCACAUGGGUAGAGCCAGACCCAGAACCUGGCAGUGACAUCUUGGGCUACAUCAACAUCAUUGAUCCCAACAUUUGGAAUCCCCAGCCCAGCCAGAUGAACCGCAUCAAGAUCCGUGACACCUCCCAUGCCAGCACCCAGCACCAGCUAUGGAAGCAGAGCCAGGAGGCCCGCCCUUCUCCAGGGCCCACCAGCCCCCAGGACAGGGUCCUAGCUGAGAAUGGCUUCCCCCAGGGGGACCUUGAGCCACAGCCUCCUGUGCCCAAGCCCCGGACAGUCCCCGUGGCAGACCUACUUGCCCAGGAUGGCAGUGGUGUUGACUGGGCCCUGGAAGCCUCCAAAGAGGAGAUGACCACAAAUGGGACAGACCUUGGGUUGCCCAGGACAGUGGACUCAGGCCAUGCCCCGCUCCAGCGGCAGCUGUCUGUGACCCAGGAUGACCCUGAUGGCCUGGGAGCAGGGCUUCCCAAUGGGCUGGAUGGGGAGGAGGAGGAAGAGGAAGAAGACGAUGAUGACUACGUGACCCUCAGUGACCAGGACAGCCUCUCAGGCAGCUCUGGCCGUGGCCCUGGUCCCCGGCGACCCUCAGUGGCCUCUUCCAUGUCAGAUGAGUACUUCGAGGUGAGGGAGCGCUCAGUCCCCUUUCGGAGGCGCCACUCAGAGCAAAUGGCCAAUGGGCCAACCCAGCUACCCCGCCCACAGCUGAGUGCCCCCCACAUAACCCGAGGGACCUUUGGUGGGCCCCAAGGUGGCUCCUCGUGGGUACAAGGUCGGAUAAGAGAAGAGUCAGAUGCAUCGAGGAGGAUGCAGGCCCAGCGCUCUGGGGACAAGGAGGCACAGGGCCAGCAGUUCCACCACUACAGAGGCCCUGCCUCGAGGACCUCAGGACCUCCCUGUUACCGCCCUGCUGCUGAUGGCACUCAGAGCUCUCCAAGGAAAGCCAGCCUGGCUGUGGGAGGCCCCCACCCCUGGCAGCCCAAGGCUGGCCCAAUAACCCGUGUACUGCCCAAUCCUGGAAGCCCAAGGCUGGCACGAAAUGCCCACAUCCUGGCUGAUGGCAGGGCUGCUGGGGAGCAUUCGAGUCCCUUUGGAAUCCCAUACUCCAAACUGUCUCAGUCGAAGCACCUAAAGGCCAAGUCAAGUGGUAGCCAGUGGGCCUCAUCUGAUUCUAAGCGGAGGGCCCAGGCCCUCCGGGACCACAAGGACCCCUAGGAGCCUGGCCUGGGCUGGACCCACCAGAGUCUGCUCUGGAGGGGGUGGGCAGUUGAUGCUGACACUCACCUGGUCCGUGCACCAGUACCAGGUGGCCAUGAUGGUUAGGCCGAAGGUCAUUCCGGUCCAUGGGAGGUCCCCUGUUUGGGGAUUCCGAAACAUGUGCAUGGCGUCUGCACGUGGCAGGUGGCAGGUGGUGUUGGCAACGGUCCUGGAGGGUACGGCCCGGGCAUACACUGCUUCUAGCUGUCCGUAACCACCAAUCUGGUCAAAAGCUGGAGGGAAACAGGUGUGACAGGGCCACAUGGUGGUUGGUGGCCCUGAAUCCACCUCUCAUCGCCCUUAUCUCACGAGUAACUUCGUAAAACAGCAAACUGGAGUUCUUCCCGCCUUGCCUUUCCUGGUGUUUGGAAAGGUAUGGUGAGUAGAGGGUUUAGAAAACAAGGUGAAUUUAAAAUAACCUUUUUUUUUUGGUACUGGGGAUCGAACUUGGGUCCUUGUGCUUUCGAGGCAGGCGAUGGAACCACUGAGCUAAAUCCCUGGCCCUAAAAUAACUUUUAUUUGUAUUUAAAAUAAUACUAUUAAAUGAGCAUUUUGCACUUGGGCACUGUGGUGUCCUGUUGGCUGGAUGGGAAUCACUGCUGGUCCCCAGAUGCUUGUUGGCCUCAGGUAAGGGGUUCUUUGCCACUCAGGGAAGCAAAAAUACUUUUCUUGGCAUCCUGAGGACCUUCCUUGGGCAUGUGAAGAGGUAAAGACCUGCCUCAGGGCUUAUAAAGGGUGCAGUUUCACUAGAGCUAAGAAUGACUGGUGGUGGUGUGGUUCCUUCCAGGCCACACACAACCUGUUGGGGAGGUGGGGGUGCAGCCAGGGGUCUUUCCUCUUGAGUCCAGAGCACAUCUGUUUUCUCUCUGUUCCUGUUUACCUGGGGGUCAGCAUGGCCAAGCUACCUGGCUCUGCAUGGCCAAGGUCUGGCCUGACUAUGGCUUUGCCAUGUGUGUGGUCACUCCUCCUAUGCACACUGGGUCUGGCUGGCUGGGUCCCUGAUCUAAGAGAGGAACCCUGGGCAUAGGAAAACCCACCUAUGCCCCAGGCCCUGCUGACCAGCAGGAUGUGUAAGAAGGAUCCCAGUCCAUGAUCUGUGUUUGGGUAGGAAUCUGUGAAGCUCAGAGCAAACAUACAAGGGUUAGAGACUGCUCAACCACACAUUCUUAGACCCUGAGUCUGGAAGUCUUUAAAGGCUUCUGUUUACCCUCUGUGAGAUCCUCUCUGCUCCACUUGCCUACUUCCAGGGAUGGAAAACUCACUAACUCCUGGGACCACCCUAUAAGCUUAUUUGUUCAGACUAGUAUCACCAGUCUGUCUAAACUUUCCUCCCCAGCCUUUGUCUAGCAGGAGGCAGCAUCACUUCUUAGGUGUUUGUACAUGAUUUUAAACAAUUGGAGGUGACGCCCAAGUUCUGUGGUCUCCUAAUUGUGUGCCUACACACCCACCUGUCAAGCCCCAAGCCAGGAAGACAUGGCCAACCCUGUACUCCUGAGUCAGCUCCUCUCCAGUGUGCAGCUGGUGACAGCUGGGUGGUGAGGGAAGGGAGGAGGCAGGGGGAAUGAGGGAAGGACUGCCUUGUGGCUUGACCUCAAGAGCCCCAUAGGUGUGGGGACAGCCCCUACCCCACUGUGGACUGAAGCCCCAGCCCUCACCUUUGAUGGCCAGGAUGACAGCUCCCACCACCAUGAUGACUGUCUGCAGGGCAUCUGUGUAGAUCACAGUGGCCAGGCCCCCUGAAAGGGAACAAGGUAGCUGGAGGGGAUCCCCUGGCCUUGAGGGAGAUGGGACCCAGGAGGUAAGUCCCAGAGCUCCUGGUAGGCAAGCUGUGAGCAGGAGCACCAGAAUCUGCAGUCAUAUCCCUAGUCCCAGGGGUCCCCAGAGCUUGUGGGAGGAAAUGGCCCUCUACCUCAUACAUGUGUCCCCUGGUUCCCACUAAGCCAUAGGGUGGCAGUCAGGCCCUCCCUGUGGCAGUGCUUACCUGCGAUUGUGUACAAAGCUGUGAUGAAGAGUGUGAGGAUGGUGGAGAGGUAAAAGUUCCAUCCCAGGCAGAUGUGCACAAAGAGUGCCCCGGCGUACAGGUCAAUCUGGGGGAGGACAGAGUCCAAGCAGAGGUUGGAGGUUAACGUGGGCUCCAGGACUCAGAGCCCAGAUGCUGCUACUGACUGGCCAUGUGACCUGCGUGAGGCCCCCUGUGGGCCUGGGUGACCCAUGUAUGAGGGAGGGAGACCUCUGCCUGCUGCCUAUCCAUAUCAGGGGCUUUUCUGAGGGUGGGAGGAAGAAUUGGCUGUGGACAGCUGUGUGCUGUGUUCAGAUGAAAAGGGGAUAUUACUGUCAUUAAUAAAGUCCAGAAUGGUCAA